GUUUUGAGACUGUGCUUUGGCUGUUCCGGAGUCCUCUUUGCCUACCUAAUCUACGGUAGUAUCCAAGAGGACGUAUUUCGGUAUCGUGGAGAAGACGGCGAGAAAUUUCAACACGUAUGGUUCCUGCAAGUCCUAGAAUCUGUAGUCAACGUUUUUGUCGGACUCAUUGCGCAGAGUUACUUCGGUGGCACCCCGGGAAUCCCAAUUACUCCCUUUCUGACAUCGGGGGCCUCGCAAGUGUUCGCCAAAGCUUUGACGAGUUUGUCCUUAUCGGCCGGGUUGUCCUUCCCUGUCUGCACGCUUGCAAAAUCGGCGAAGAUUGUACCCGUCAUGCUAGGGCAGCUGGCGCUCGGAGGCUCGCGAUAUACCGUACAGGAUUAUGCGUUGGCCGGGGCGAUUGUUAUGGGAACGGCGCUUCUAUCUCUGGGUGAAUCGUCAAAAGAGGGAAAGGCGUCGAUGAGUUCACCGAUUGGCAUUGUUUUUAUUCUACUUUCACUCGUCAUGGACGGGGUAACAGCAGGACUUCAGAAGCGACUGAAAAGUGACGCCGCCAAGACCGGAAAACUCCCCACAACUUACGAUUUCUUGCUCUACACGAAUUUGUCCAUGGCCGGCACGGCGUUGACUAUAUCCAUUAUCAACUACGAUUUUGUCGACGGGUGGAUUUUUCUCACCGAGCACCCCGAUAUACAACGCAUGAUUGCGAUGGUAUGCCUUUGUUCUGCUGUGGGGCAAUCUUUUAUUUUUUACGUUGUUGCGCAGUUUGAUCCACUCGUUUGCGCCACGGUUACCACUACGCGAAAAAUUCUUUCCGUUGUGUGGAGCAUUGCAACAAAAGGCCAUCACAUCUCGGGACAGGGCUGUGUUGGUCUAGGCCUCGCCAUUGGUGGACUGCUGAUGGAAAUUCGCGGCAAGGUCUGCAGUAUGCAACGUAGAACAUAUGAGACCAAGGACAGCAACGACCUUCAUUGA